AUGACCCCCGCAGAUGACAUCGAGACCUAUUUGGCGAUCUUCGAGAAGGUAGUCGUGAGAGAGAAGCUACCCCGGGAGCAAUGGGCUGAGGUCGUCACUCCGUUCCUGUCAUCUGGACCCCAGCAGGUGUAUUUUGACUUACUGGAUGACCAAGUGGCUGAUUACCUGACAGUAAAGGGUGAGAUCCUGGCGAGACUGGGGGUGAAUGUAUUAGUCCAGGCCCGUAUGAGCAGAAAUAACUCCCCUGCUCCAACUAUGGUGAACUCUUCAUCAACCCUUCAAGACAACACCACCCAAGUGUCCAUCACCAUGAACAAGACAGUCGAGAUUAUCCGAUGGUCAUUCAUCUUCUUGAUCAUAGUUGGCCUCUGCUUUUUCAUCUGCUUCGUGGCCAUGAUACUCAACAUCUUCUUUGUCAAUCCUCAACUCCAGGAGAGCACCCGCUAUCUCCUCUUCAUCUACAUGCUUUUAAACGACACAAUAUAUUUAUUCCUGGCCUUCUACUUAGUGAUGGCAGCAAAGUAUUUUUUUUAUGUCCCUGUACCUGUCUGCUUCAUCUUGUAUGCCAUUUCAUCGAGUGCAUUUAGGGUAACUCCAUACAACCUUGCCGCCAUGGCUCUGGAACGUUACAUGGCCAUCUGUCACCCACUUCGCUAUGCAGCGCUGUGCACCAAAAAAAGAGUGAAUAUAGCCUAUGUCUCAAUAUGGGUGUUACUCAUAAUCCUACAUGGUGCCGAGCUGUUCUUUAUGUUCUCAUCCAUUACAAAUCUAUAUCGCUAUGCCAUCUGCUUACAUGACACCCUAUUGGUAAAUCCCAUUCAGAACGUCAUAAGGACCUUCGUCUUCGUCCUAUGUUUCGGCUUGGUGGGAAUCAUCCUCAUAUUUACCUAUGUUAAGAUCAUGCUGGUUGCCCGCAAAGUAAGUUCUCAAUCGUCUUCUGCUUCCAAAGCUGGAAAGACCGUCAUGCUUCACGCAUUUCAGUUACUGUUGUGUAUGUCUUCCCUACUGUCCACGCUCACUGAAACAUUUUUGCCCACGAUGAUCGAAUACAUGCCAAUAACAAACUUUUUUGUCUUCACUUGUGUGCCGAGGUUCCUCAGCCCCGUCAUCUAUGGAUUCCGGGAUGAAGAACUGAAAAAGCACAUCAAAAAGUCUUUAUGGAAGCAUCUCCAUUAG